GCGACAUGAGCAGAUAACUGUUGUUUGAUAACUUGAGGUAUUUGACAGAUUAUUCUCUAUGAUCUAUAAAGUGUUCAACAAGAUGAUGCAGGGAAGCAGACGAAAGUAUCAGAAAAUUUGUUUACAGUUUUCAAUGCUUAUAUGCUGUAUAAUUCUUCUGUUAAUCAUUAAAAGACUUUAUGCUGAAAUAAAUGGAUAUAUGCCGGAAAAGCCUGUUGAGCAAGUUAAUAGAGACUUUGAUAAAUAUUUGGUAAAAUAUGAGAGUAACUACUGGAAAGAAGCGCCUGUUAAACAGGUUUUAAUUUGGACACCAUUCUUUGGUAGGUGGGGUUGGGUUGAAGAUGCUCAACAGUCAAUAAAGAAAUGUUCUGUAGCAUGUUCAUAUACCAAAGAAAAAGCUGCAAUAAAGACGGCAGAUGCCGUAUUGUUCCAUGCCAAUGAUUUAUGGCCACAUAAAGGUUUACUUGCAACAUUAUUUAGAAGUGAUAUCACAAUGCCAGAGUAUAGAACACCAAAUCAAGUGUGGGCAAUGGUAAGCUGGGAACCAAUGACGUACAUGUGGGGAAAUAUAAAACCAAAUACCUUUAAUUGGACAAUGUUAUACCGCAGAGAGUCGACAAUAUACAAUCCAUUUACGCCAUUAUAUAAAAUGUCUCCAGAAGAAAUUAAAGCUAGCAAGAUACCAAAAAAUACUGAAAUGUUUUUACGAGAGAAAACCAAAUUUGCCACAACAAUGGUAAGCAAUUGUUAUGAUCAAGCAAAACGUUACAAAAUAAUACGAGAGUUACAGCGUUAUGUUGAUGUUGAUAAUUUUGGAUCUUGUACUGGAAAAAUGGUUUGCCCUCAUGGAGUUCCUACCGCUGAGUGUGGAAAGAAAUAUUUGAAAAAGUACAAGUUUUAUUUAGCUUUUGAAAACAGUUUUUGUCGAGACUAUGUUAGUGAAAAGUUUUGGAAUGCAUUGAAUAGACAUCAAAUACCACUUAUAGCUGCUCCAAAAUAUAAUUUAGAACUUCUUCCGCCUAAUUCUUACCUUAAUGUGUUUGAUUUCCCAAGUAUUAAAGCAUUAGCUGAGAGAAUGAUUGAAAUAGGGAACAAUGAGACCUUAUAUAACAGCUUUUUUGAUUGGAUGAGAUACUACAAAAGUAACGAAGAUGAUAUUCAUUGUAAAAUGUGUAAAGGACUACAUGCUAAUAAGCCAGCACAAAGUUACAGGGAUAUAGAAGCAUGGAUCAGUGAUGACAUGUGCUACAAAAGCACGACAUGGUCACUAGUGUCAGGGUAUUUCGAAAGGAAACUGUUUGAUUUGGGAUUGAUGUAGUAAAGUGCCAUAUGUAGGUGCCUCUAACAAGGAUUUGGCAGUAUACAUGUAUAUUGAUGGUUUUAAGAAUAUAGUUUUGACAACAAUUGGAUGGAAAAAAAAAACUCUAGCAAUUUAUAUGGGUUUUUAGGAUAUUUUAAGGAAAGAUGAAAUGCACCUGUUGAUUCUUGUAAAUACCUCAUUAUCAAAAUUAAUAUGUAAUAGUUAGAAAUUCAAGAAAAAUGUGUUUGAGAGAAUAUUACUUAAGGUAUUUUAUGUAUUUUUAAUGGAUAUUUAUUGAAUAUUAACAUAUCAGUUGUAUAACAGUAUGUUAUGUAAGGUAAUUAUUACCUCUCAUUAUAACAUAACAUAUUUAGUAACCAGUAAAUCAAAAAUGAUUGUAAUGAAGAAAGUGAGUGUAAGUGUAUAAAACAUAAAUUUUACAUUCUUUAAAUAUCCUAUAUAAUUAUGUUAUAUUGAUUAAAGUUAACUGAAAUUCCCAUAUUCUCGGUACAGUUAAACUUUGUUCCUUUGAACUCUGAUACCUCGAAAGCAUCACCUCUGCCUGAACUUAUGGUCUGGUCUGACAAAAUCCUUUUACGAUUUAUAUCCAUCUACCUCAUAUGGCUCAAACACUGAUUGCUUGAAGUUUUGAAACUUAUCUUUGAUCCUUUCAGCAAAAUAUAGUGAAAUUCACUACUUUUCAAAGACAAAAAGAUAACAAAUUUGCAAGUGGAUUUGCUUUUGAUUAGUGACAGUUGAUGUCACAUGUUUUGUAACAUCUUCUGAAUACACCUAGUGAUCCUUAUAAAGACAAUUAAGUUCUAUUUGAGAAACUGACACACUUGACAAGAAUUGUGUUUGAAUGAUACAACUUUCACCCCUAUUGUCCCCUGUAAAAUACAAUUUUUUAACUGUAAACAUAAUAAUAAUAAACACAUUUUUUGCUCAAACUAUUUUCUUUGCCAUCUGAAUUUAAGUUGAAUUGUAUAACAAAUAAUUUGAAAGGAACAAAUUUUUUUUUAUUCAUGAUGACUUUACUGUAACUUGUAUUUUUAUCUAUUCUUUUCUAGUCUCAUGUAAUGUAAUGUAUUUGCCUUGCUGUUGAUUGAACGUG